AUGCGACUGAUGGAGGUGAUGACUAUUGUUUUGGGUGAUUCACUAGAUGAUGUGAACGAAAACACUAUGCCGAUCAAGUCGCUAACUACUACUGAUGUCAGUACUCAGGCUUCGUCCUUGAAAUGUACUCUGCAGAUCCCCCCUCGUUUACCUGCAUUUUCAGUCAAUGGUGAUUUUAUCAUUGGAGGUGUUUUCUGUUUACACUAUGAAUCGGAAUCUGUAAUUUAUAACUACACCACAAAUCCUGAGACUUUACAGUGCACAGGGAGUCCAACAGCCAGGGAAUUGCGUUUUUCUAGAACAUUGAUCUUUGCCAUUGAGGAGAUAAACAACAGCACAAAGCUGCUGCCGGGCAUCAAACUUGGAUAUCAGAUCUAUGACUCGUGUGCGUCGGUGCCUGUGUCUGUUCAUGUGGCGUUCCAACUGUCAAACGGCCAUGACCCUGUGUUUUACAAAGGCAGCAAUUGUUCACAUUCUGGUGUAGUGAUGGCUGUAGUUGGAGACUCUGGAUCAACACAGUCCAUCAGCUUGUCAAGACUCAUUGGGUCCUUCAACAUCCCUCAGGUGAGUCACUUUGCCACCUGUGCCUGCCUGUCAGAUAAGCAGCAGUACCCAACAUUUUUCAGAACAAUUCCCAGUGAUCAGUUCCAAGCUGACGCUCUGGUCAAGCUGGUGAAACACUAUGGCUGGACUUGGAUUGGUGCUGUCCGCUCAGAUUCAGAUUACGGAAAUUAUGGCAUGACAACCUUUCUUAAUGCAGCACAGAAAGAAGGGAUCUGUGUCGAGUACUCUGAAUCCCUAUAUAGGACUGACUCCUCUACCAAGAUUCAGAGAGUAGCUGAUGUUAUCCGCAGGUCAACAGCAAAUGUUGUUGUGGCCUUUUUAGAUUCUGCAGACAUGAGAGUCCUGUUAGAGGAGCUGGCUCAGGAGUUUUCACCACCUCGUCAGUGGAUAGGAAGUGAAGGCUGGAUAACAGAUUCUUACCUGAUGAGCUUCAGUUUCUGUGCAGGGGCUGUUGGAGUUGCUAUUCAGAAGUCUGUCAUCCCAGGAUUGAGAGACUUCCUGCUGGAUCUCUCUCCCACUGAAGUAGCUGCCUCCUCUCUACUUACAGAGUUCUGGGAGGAUGCAUUUAAUUGUUCAUUAAACAAAAAAAGUUCUGUGCAUUUAGAUGCUGUUCCAUACAAAAAAAUAUGUGAUGGAAAUGAAGACAUAAAAACACUCAAAAGCCCAUACACUGAAACAACUCAGUUAAGAGUUACUAACAUGGUGUAUAAGGCUGUUUAUGCAAUAGCUCAUGCCAUUCACAAUGCAGUGUGUGAGAAAACAAAUCUCACUACUCUGUGUAAGAAACAAGCAGGACUGGAGUCGAAACAGAUUUUAUCAGAACUAAAAAUUGUCAACUUUUCCCACAAUGGUUAUCCAGUGUCAUUUGAUACUAAUGGGGAUCCUGUGGCUUUUUAUGAGCUGGUCAACUGGCAGAAGAGUGACAGUGGAGUUAUAGAGCUGGUAACAAUAGGAUACUAUGAUGCAUCACUGCCAAAGGGCCAAGAGUUUCUUAUCAACAGGAACAUAACCUGGGUGGAGGGUAGUUUACAAGUUCCAGUGUCAGUCUGCUCAGAGAGUUGUCCUCCAGGAACUCAUAAAGUGUUACAGAAAGGAAAACCCAUCUGCUGCUAUGAUUGUAUACCAUGUCCUGAAGGAGAGAUCAGUAACAAUACAGAUUCUCCUGAUUGCUUCCCAUGCCCAAGAGAAUUGUGGCCUAAUGAAGAAAAAGAUCAUUGUUUCCUCAAACUUGUUGAGUUCCUUUCCUUUGAUGAAGUUCUGUCAAUCAUCCUGGCUGCAUUCUCUGCUUUUGGAGCAUGUCUGGCCAUCAUUACAGGAAUUAUAUUCUUUCAUCACAGAACAACUCCUAUUGUCAGAGCCAACAACUCUGAGCUGAGUUUCCUACUGCUCUUCUCUCUGACUCUGUGUUUUUUAUGUUCAUUAACUUUCAUUGGAGCUCCCUCUGAGUGGUCCUGCAUGCUGCGACACACAGCUUUUGGGAUCAUCUUUGUUCUGUGUAUCUCCUGUGUACUUGGAAAAACAGUAGUAGUUUUAAUGGCCUUUAAAGCUACACUUCCAGGUAGUAAUGUCAUGAAAUGGUUUGGGCAUCCACAACAAAGAUUGACUGUAGUGUCUCUCACAUUUAUUCAAAUAUUAAUAUGUACAGUUUGGCUGGUACUCAGUCCUCCUUUUCCAAUGAAAAACCUGACAACAUACAAGAAUAAGAUCAUCCUGGAAUGUGCAUUAGGCUCUGCUGUUGGCUUCUGGUGGUAUCUGGAUAUUGGCAAAAAUGGUUUGAAAGAAAAAAAUGAGCUUAUAGAGGAUCUGACUGGUGCUGGUGUCAGUACUGAGGCUUUGUCUAUAAAAUGCACCCUUCAGGGUACACCUCGUGUACCUGCAUUCUCAAUGGAUGGUGACUUUGUUAUUGGAGGUGUUUUUUCCAUUCACUACAAACCGCUUACAGUGAUUAAUAACUACACCACCAAGCCUGACCCUGCAAGAUGCACAGGAAGCAUUAUUGGCCGAGAACUGCGUUUCUCAAGCGCAAUGAUUUUUGCUAUUGAGGAAAUAAACAACAAUUCAAAACUCCUGCCGGGAAUCAAACUUGGAUAUCAGAUUUAUGACUCAUGUGCUGCAGUGCCUGUGGCCAUUCAAGUGGCAUUUCAGCUGUCAAAUGGCCACACUCCUGUGUUUUACAAAGACAACAACUGUUCACAAUUUGGUGUUGUGAAGGCUAUUGUUGGAGAGUCUGGAUCAACUCCAUCUAUCAGCAUGUCACGCAUCUUUGGGUCUUUUCAUAUUCCUCAAGUGAGCCACUCUGCCACUUGUGCCUGCCUGUCAGAUAAGAAGCAGUACCCUACUUUUUUCAGAACCACUCCCAGUGAUCAGUUCCAAGCUGAUGCUCUGGCCAAGCUGGUGAAAACUUUUGGCUGGACUUGGAUAGGUGCAGUUCACUCUGACUCAGAUUAUGGAAAUUACGGUAUGGCGUCAUUUCUUGAUGCAGCACAGAGAGAGGGGAUCUGUGUGGAGUACUCUGAAUCCUUCUAUCGGACCGACUCACGAUACAAGAUAAAGAGAGUUGCUGAUGCUAUCCGCAGGUCAACAGCGAUCAUUGUUGUGGCUUUUACAGCCACUGGGGAUAUAAGAGUCCUCUUAGAGGAGCUGGCUCGUGAGCCUCCACCACCUCGUCAGUGGAUAGGAAGUGAGGACUGGAUCACUGACCCAUACUUGAUGAGCUUCAGUUUCUGUGCGGGGGCCAUCGGAGUUACUAUUCAGCAAUCCGUCAUCCCAGGGCUGAGAGACUUUCUGCUGGAUCUCUCUCCCACUGAAGUAGCUGCUUCCUCCAUACUCACGGAGUUCUGGGAGGAUGCAUUCAACUGCAGCUUGACAAAGGGGCUCAUAUCUACAGAUUCUGGUCAAUACAAGAGUGUGUGUGAUGGAAAUGAAAAUAUAAAAAUGCUCCAAAACCCAUACACUGACACAUCUCAAUUAAGAGUCACUAACAUGGUGUACAAGGCUGUUUAUGCAAUAGCUCAUGCCAUUCACAAUGCAAUGUGUCAGAGAACAAAUCUCACCACCCAGUGUUAUAACAAUAUUAGACUGGAGUCCAAAAAGGUUUUAUCAGAACUGAAAAAUGUAAACUUUUCGCAAAAUGGUUAUUCUGUGUCCUUUGAUGUUAAUGGGGAUCCUGUGCCUUUUUAUGAGCUGGUCAACUGGCAAAAAAGUGAAAGUGGAGGUUUUAAAGUAGUAACAGUUGGUUACUAUGAUGCUUCUCAGAUAAAAGGCCAAGAGUUUCAUAUCAACAAGAACAUAACCUGGAUGGAGGGUGGAACAAAAGUUCCAGUAUCAGUGUGUUCAGAGAGUUGUCCUCCAGGAACUCAUAAAGUGUUGCAGAAAGGAAAACCCAUCUGCUGCUAUGAUUGUAUACCAUGUCCUGAAGGAGAGAUCAGUAAUACAACAGAUUCUCCUGAUUGCAUUCCCUGUUCUGGUGAAUUCUGGACCAAUGAAAAAAGAGAUGCCUGCUUCCAAAAACCUGUAGAGUUUCUUUCAUUUGAUGAAGUCCUGUCAAUCAUCCUGGCUGCGUUCUCUCUUUGUGGAGCCUGUCUGGCCAUCAUGACAGCAGCUAUUUUCUUUCGACACAGAACAACUCCAAUUGUCAGAGCCAACAACUCUGAGCUGAGUUUCCUGCUGCUCUUCUCUCUGACUCUGUGUUUUUUAUGUUCAUUAACUUUCAUUGGAGCUCCCUCUGAGUGGUCCUGCAUGCUGCGACACACAGCGUUUGGGAUCACCUUUGUUCUCUGUAUCUCCUGUGUUCUUGGUAAAACUGUAGUGGUUUUAAUGGCCUUCAAAGCUACACUUCCAGGUAGUAAUGUCAUGAAAUGGUUUGGGCCUCCACAGCAAAGGAUGACUGUUGUGUUUUUUACAUUUAUUCAAGUUUUAAUUUGUACACUUUGGCUGGUUCUCAGUCCUCCUUUUCCAAUGAAAAACCUGACAACAUACAAGGAGAAGAUCAUCCUGGAAUGUGCAUUAGGCUCUGCUGUUGGCUUCUGGGCUGUGCUCGGGUACAUUGGACUGCUGGCUGUUUUUUGCUUUGUGUUAGCUGUUCUAGCUCGAAAACUACCUGAUAAUUUUAAUGAAGCCAGGAUGAUAACCUUCAGCAUGCUGAUCUUCUGUGCAGUGUGGAUCACCUUCAUCCCAGCAUAUAUCAGCUCUCCUGGAAAGUUUACUGUGGCUGUGGAGAUAUUUGCUAUUCUGGCCUCCAGUUUUGGACUGAUACUGUGUAUAUUUGCUCCAAAGUGUUUCAUCAUAUUGUUUCAGUCAGAAAAGAACUCCAAGAAAUAUUUAAUGAACAAAAACUAA